AUGUCGUAUCUUCCAAGCACCUUCAUCUCCGCCGAAGCCGCGCUGAUUGUCCAGGAGGGCCUCAAUGCCACCCGAGAAGCCUUCCUAGAGUCUACUUCUGCAGCUCCGGCGGAAAGACUCAGAGAGUUAUGCGGUGUCUGCCCGUUCCCAAUCGCACCAGAAGAGGGACUUGCCAAUGCCAAAUGCCCGCACCUCUUCCACCACAGAUGCAUGAACAUGCUGCGAGUUUCAUACCACAACGAAUGUCCCAUCUGCCAAACAGAAUGGUGGAGUUCCGGGAGAGACGUUCGAAGCGCCCGGGAAGUCCUCAAGAUCAGGACAGAUCUCGAGAUCAACGGCCGUUUCAGAGCCGAGUGGGUUUUAAGCUCACCCCUGACACCAGGGCACUUCCCCAAUCGCCUUCGGGAUCUGGUCUGCAACAUAGCAUAUGGCUUGCAAGUGCAGGACAGCAGCCGUCACGAUUGGACCGAUCCCAGCGUAUCUGGAAAGUUCUCGGAUCCCGAAGCGCGGGCGGCGGGCUUGAAGAUGCAAGCCCUCAUGCGAGACGUCGCUUCCAGCGUCGAUGGACGCCGGGCUAUGGACUGCAUGCUCCAAUGCGUCCUGAAACUCCCUUAUUCGUUGGUCAAGGAGUAUGUUGCGACGGAGCCAAAGGUCUACCGCAGGAUAGAGAGAAAAGAUUACAUAAAUGUAAUCUGCCUGGUCGAAGACGUGGAGGAAAUGAUCCACGAAAGGUGGGAAGAUCGUCAUCCUAGCCGCAGGAUGAGUGCUUCCGUCAAAGAAUUCGUGCACAAGAUCAUGUACUUUGCUUUGACCAAUAUCGCCAAGGAAAUCUUCCGCGGGCUUCGGAGCGAAGAAGGGGGCAUCACCCAGGAGCAGAUCGAUUCAUUCGAAUCAAAGGACGACAUUUUUGAGCACGAGAACAUGAAUGUCUUCAAGGAAUGCAAGGAAAGGCCUGACGAGCAAGCCGACAUGAAGUCCUGCGAGAGGUCCGACGACGAGACUACUGAGCAGGAGCACACGCAGCCGUCCUGCGACUCGACGCACGGUGAAGAUCCCGCGAACCUUCUAGUUCGGGAUUACUUGGCCAAUUUGCUGAACAGGCGCCCACGAAGCGCUUCGGUGAGUCGGAGGCAUGUGGCAGCGGUGCGUGGAGACUGCGCGGAGUAG